AUGGCGGGCGGCGAGGGGGAGCGCGUAGCGGCGUUGGAGGCGAAGCUGAGAGAGCAGGGCGACGCCAUGGCUGCCAUGCAGCGCGACAUGGCCCUCCUCAAGGGCAUGGCGGAGGGGGCAGGAAAAGGGAGUGCGUCAGGAAAGGCAGCAGAGGGCAUUGGCGCGCAGCAGCUGAAAGGCGCGCGGGGAAGAAUUCUCACACCGUUGGAAAUGGAGGAGGUGAAGGCGCAGGCAGAAGCGGCGAGAAAGGAAGCGAGUGAGAUGCGCGGGGAGGUGGGCGCGCUGAAGGCGGAGCUUGCGCGGAUGAGGGCUGCGGCGGAGCGGCAGGCGGCGGAGGUGGCGUACGUGAAGGCGACGGCGGAGCACUCGGAGGCGCGCAUCAACGACGUCGAGCUGGCGCUCGCCGCCAUCAAGGACGGCCGCCGCGCGGAGAAGAUGUGCGAGGAUCGCGAGGAGGACAGCGCGGGGAAGAGGCGGAAGAGGGAGGAUGCGGGAAAGGAGGAGAUGGCAGAUGCUCCUGCGGGGGCUGGGCGCGUGCUUGCCGCUGCUGGCGAUGUGCCUGAAGCCGAGCGGGAUAAGGCGGAAAGGGAGGAGGGCGAAGCGGAGGAGGAGGAGAAUGGUGCAGAGAACGAACAACCAGAGGAUGAGGUGCAGGCACUGAGGGCGCGAGUGGAAGCGCUGGAGGACACGAACAACGGGGGAAGCAAGAUCUGGGAGGUCAUGCUCAGCUGGCUGCUUGUCUGGCCUUGUUCCCCCGUGCGUGGGCUGCAGGAACUUAUUGCAACCUGGGUCGAGGUUCUUCCAGGGAAGACUCGCACGGACCUCAGUGGCGCCUCUCUCCUCUCUGACGCUGCUCUCUCUCGACUUACCUCCUUGCACUCUCUCACGUGGCUCAUCCUUCGAGAAUCCAUUGGCUUCACUGCAGAGAGGGUGACCCUGCUCUACUCCCUCACAGGUCUCACCUACUUGGAUUUGUCGGCUACAGUCAUAAGCGAUGCCUCUCUUGAAGGCAUUGGCAGCCUGAAGGCUCUUACCACACUUUGUCUUGGUAAGAGUAAUAUAACCGAUGAGGGAAUCAAGAGGCUCCUAGGGCUGCCACAGCUCAUGUAUCUGGAUCUUUACGUGUGCCCGUCUAUCACCUCCGCCAGCAUGGUGGAUGUGUGCAAACUGACAGCACUCACAUCCCUCAGACUGGAUGAGAGUGGGGUGACAGAGGAUGGACUGAAGCACUUGACUGCGCUCACCUCACUGAAGCUCCUCACUCUGCCUCGAGGGGUGAGUGAUUCCGGCAUGAAGUACCCGAGGAACAUGAAACUCCUGGAGACACUGGGACUGUUGCAUGCUAAUAUUACUGCUGCUGGUGUCAGGUGGCUCAACGGGCUUAAAAGCCUCCAGGUGAUUGGAACGGAAGCUGAAGAUGUGGCGGGCUUGAUCAGGGACAACUUUCCUGGAAUGGUUGUUACAAAAGAUUUUCUCUGA